AAUCAUCUCAGGGAAGCUAAUUUGCAUGUAGCAAGGAUCUGUACACAAUUCCUGGAAUCUGAAAAAUUCACAGUUCUUCCAUGGCCUGAAUACUCACCAGACAUGUCAACCAUUGAGCAUGUUUGGGAUGCUCUGGAUCAACGUGUACAACAGCAUGUUCCAGUUCCCGCCAAUAACCAGCAACUUUGCACAGCAUUUGAAGUGGACUGGGACAACUUUCCACAGGCCACAAUCAGCAGGCUGAUCAACUCUAUGUGAAGGAGAUGUGUCGCACUGCAUGAGGCAAAUGGUGGUCAUACCAGAUACUGACUGGUAUCUAUGACCAACAGAUGCAUAUCUGUAUUCCCAGUCAUGUGAAAUCCAUAGAUUAGGGCCUAAUGAAUUUAUUUCAAUGGACUGAUUUCCUUAUAUGAACUGAAACUAAGUAAAAUCUUUGAAAUUGUUGCAUGUUACGUUUGUAUUUUUGUUCAGUGUAAAAGCUAAAGGCAAACAGGCAAUUCACACAAACGACUGCUGUGGGAAAUCACCAGAACAUAUUCAUUAUUUUCUAAAGCUGCAAGGUGGAAUCUCAAUCAGCUCAUUGGAAGGGUUCAUUAGCUUUAUCUGUGUCAUGUUUUUCUUAUUUUUCAUUACAUUCAAGUGUCAAAUAUGGUAAAGGUCAAACUUCUAGGGUACUGUCCUGAAGGAUGGAGAAGGUUUGGCUGCACCUGUUACUACGUCUCUACUGAGGGGAAAUCCUGGGAGAAGAGUAGACAGGACUGUCUGGAGAGAGGAGCAGAUCUGGUGAUCAUUAACAGUGAAGAGGAACAGACAUUCGUCAAUGGGUUUGAAUCAGUCAAUUAUGUCUGGAUUGGUCUGACUGACUCUAUUACUGAGGGGACCUGGAAAUGGGUGGACGGCACCCCACUGACCACACCAAGCUACUGGUGGAGAGGAGAACCUGGUCGUACAGACUGGAACUGUAGGUUCAUCUAUUACAAAUCAUCAGGCCAUGGAGUAUGGUGGAAUUAUUAUUGCUCCUCUUCACAACCAUGGAUCUGUGAGAAAUAUGCUUCCCAUAGGUACUUUUUCUGCACUGCUGAUUAAUGAACUCUCUACUGUAUGUUAAUGAUGGUCUGAAGACUGGUGUGAUUUGAUAGAAUGGUACUCUGAACUACAGCUGGGAGAGAAACACACAAACACACAAACACAUGCACACAUUCAUACACGCACACACACACAAAGACACUGAUCUGAACCUGAGUCUCCCACGGGAGAAAACAACGUCUUAGUUAGACAGGGGAAAUUCCCUUUUGGGCUGAGAGCUGACACUGAUUUUGAAGUCACUUGCGGGGCUACCUCAUCACGUGACCAUGAGCAACCAAUCAUGACCGAUACACAAGCUGACACAAUAAUUUAUUCAUUUGUCAAUCAAUGAGCUAUAUAAUAGGGUAUAAUAUCAUUCGAUAGCCGCUGUCAAUCAAUUACUGUUAAGUACUACACUUCUAAAUACAUUUAAAAUGACUUUAUAUGUUUAUCAGGUAUGUUUGCUUCUUGUGCUUUUAUUAUUCUGAACAUAAACAAUGUGUACUUCCUGCUUAUUCAAUAACUCAUUAAACCGAG